GAAUUAAAGAAAUUUCAUAAUAUUCACGUUCAAAAGGUAUACAUAUACUUUAUGAUGGAGAUGUUCUUUGGUUUUAUCACUGUUAUGUUUGCUUUCCUUUGGCUUUGCAAAACAAUCAUGAAAAAGUUCAAUGAAGAAGAAAAAAUAACAACGUUAAAUGAUGAUGAAAAACGAUGGUGUGUUUAUGGAAUUGUACUCAGUCAUGUUUUUAUCCCAGCUGUUCGACCUUACCUGGAAAAUAAUAUUUUAAAUGAGUAUGAUGGAUUAAAGAAAUCUCAUAAUAUUCAUGUUCAAAAGAUUCACAACUUUCCUUCACCAAAAUAUUCCCACGAUCUACAUUAUAAAAAUAUCAACAAUAAUGAAACAAAGGAUAAGAAGAAAUUUAACUAUGAAGUUAAGUCACAUGUCGACUUUGGAAAACUUUUCCUUCCAAACUACAUGGCAAAGUUCAACAGUUACGACUGUUGUGACGCAUCAGCAGUGCUUAAUUUACUAGAAAGGUUCCCAAUUUCCGAAAACCUGGUCCAGAAUGCGGCAAAAAUUGUUAGAGAAAAUAGAAAUUCUUGGGCUCACUGCAAAUUUAAUGAAUGGAACGAAACAGAUUUUCAUCAGAAAAUAGAAAAUAUGAAGCAACUUGUGAAGCAAUUGAGUUUAGGAACUGAAGAAAAAGGAGUCAUGAAUGAUUUAAAUUAUUGGAAAGAUCAAGCUUUGACAUUGUGGACAAACAACCGUGCUUCAUGCGAAGAUUUAAAAGAACACAUUAACAGUCUUUCAAAUGAAAUUGAGGAAAUGAAAUUCGAAAAUGAAGAUUGCAAAAAGUUAUUGCGAGAGACGCUUAACAAGUUUUCGCAAUUCAUGAAAGAAAUUUUGCAGAUUAAAAGAAGUGUAGAUGGAGUUGAAGAUAACAAAAAGAAACAAACGAAAAAGUUGAUGAACUUGAAGAUAAACAAAAAGAAACAAACGAAAAAGUUAAUGAACUUGAAGACAAACAAAAACAAACAAACGAAAAAGUUGAUGAACUUAAAGCCUCUGGGUGAACAAAAUGACAUACAAUACAAAUUAAAGAGAAGGCAAAAACGAUGGGAGCAACUUCAAUGGUCGACUGCAGUAAACCAGCCUCACCCAAGCACAAAGCAUGAAUUGCAGUUGCAAAAGUGGAAAUACUUGGGUGAAUCAACAAAACAUAGAAACCUUUUGUUGAAAUUGUGUGAUCACAAAGACGAGAUCAAACUUCUGGGCGAUGUACGUGUAAUUUUCUCAAGUGAUUUCUGCAUCGGCGAAGGAAGUAAUGGCUCCCGUGUUUAUCUUGGACUGACAAAGGAUGGUUACGGUAAAGCAGUGAAACGUAUACUUCGAGAAAACUGGAUCAGGUAUGCACAUCAAGAAAAGAAAAUUUUAAAUGAAUUCAACGUAAAGAAGUCAAAAUAUGUCGUAAAUUAUUCCUCCUUUGAAGAGAGUACAGGAGCGGACUAUGUUUAUUUAAUAUUAGACUUAUGCGAAGAAUCAUUGGAGAGUUUUGUCAAGUCUUCUACUUUGAAUGAUCUUCAAAAAGUUCUCCCUAAGAUUCUCAGACAAAUUUUACAAGGAUUAGCUGAUCUUCAUAGCGGCCCACGUCCUAUACUUCAUAGGGAUUUAAAGCCUUCCAAUAUUCUCCGUGACUCAAACGGCAAUUUUAUGUUAGCUGACUUUGGCAUUAGUCGAAUAUUGGCAGUUGGCGCCCAAACAUAUAGAAGCAUUUCUAACGUAGGAACUUUGCAUUGGAUUGCUCCAGAAUCAUAUAAUGAAGGCGAAGACUCAGUUGAUGAAGCACGUUACAAAAAAGAGUCUGAUGUAUAUAAUGCGGGAAUGGUGGCUUAUUAUGUUGCAACAAAAGGGAGACAUCCUUUUGGAAUUAUACGUUAUAGAGUGCCCAAUAUGCUAAAUGGAAACCUUGUUGGCUUGGACGAAAUCAAAGAUGAAGCACUGAAAGAUCUUCUGUCGUGGAUGUUAAAACGACAACCAGAAGACAGGCCAUCAGCCAAUGAGGCAUUGAAACACCCAUUUCUUAUGUCAGAUGACGAGAAAUUUGACUUAUUAUGUAAAGUUGGAAGCCAACAGCCGAUAAAGAGAAACAAUCCCAACUCAAUUGCUGUUCAACAAUUGAAUAGCGAAUUCUCAGAUUGGAAAAGUCAAAUGGAUAGUGAUGUGUAUGAUUAUUUUACAACGAGCGUGAGGAAGGGAAAGAUUCUUGAUUAUGGAUCUUCUUGGACAGAAUGCUUAAGACUUAUUCGAUAUGUUGGCCAACAUUGGUACGAUCCACCACGGCCAAGACCACAACCAGAACCAUUUUAUAAGAUUGGCGAUCCCAAGAACUAUUUUCUCAAAACAUUCCCCAAUCUCCCUGUUCGUGUGCACGCAGCUGUCAGGUCAGAUGAUGAAUUGAAAAACAAUCAAGAACUUAAGAACGUUUUCAACUUUAAUCUUUCAAAGAUGUAAAGUAAAAAAACAUCAAAACAUCGAUCGUUUUGAAAGGCAGAGUAUCCAAGAAAAAUUUAUUAAAUGAUUUUUUAAGCAUAUAUAUUUCAGUAGUUUUGCAAACAUUAUAACUGAGGUUGUUCAUAUAGCGUGCUUAAUAAUGAGGGAGCAUACUCAUAAAAUUAAAGUUUUUCUGCUAAUUAAAAUGCGCAAAUGUUGGCGGAUAUUGAGUUGUAUAGAUUACUAGAUAUGUUUCUUCCGUUGAAAAGAUACCUUCCCAAACUGUUGAUCUACUACUUGACACUACCGUCAAUGACGACACCUGUCGUUGAUACUUUUUUCUUAUAUUUUUUGCGCUUUUUAAUUUCAGAAAACUAUAGCAAAAUAAAAACUAGCUUUCAUUCACUUUUUAAGAAUUUAUGGUAAUGCUUAGAAAAUUGUUUUUAGAUGAUUGUUGAGAAUUGAGACCAUGUUUAUUAUUCAAUGAAAAAGUUUUAUUCAAACUAUUAAAAUUGAAUAUUACUUUUAUAAGUUUGGAAAUGAUUUUUCCCACAAAUCGGAAACAAGUAUAUCUGUUGACUACUGUCAAAAUAAUUUGAGUACAUUGCAAUAAACGUUUAUCUCACUUAA